AUGGCCAAACUUGAAGCAAGUUUCUUCUUCCUCCUUCUCUGCAUCGCCGUUAUAGACCUCUCACAAAAUGCCCACAUGCUUGUGGAGUUCGUUGCUCUAAAACGCAUCAUCGUGGAAAUUGUUUGGAUACGUGUAACAGUUGUUGUCGAGCAUGCUUAUGUGUUCCUUCGGGCUUUGUUGGACACAAAGAUGAAUGCCCUUGUUAUAGGGAUCGGAAAACACACGAUGGCAAACCUAAAUGCCCAUAGCCCAUAG